AUGGGUAAGGAUUCCAUCCGCGAAAAGGACACCGUGAUGGCGUCCGGUGCCAGUCGGAGGUCGGGCCGUCCGGUUAGUGCGUCACCGUACUCGGAGAACUACCGGCCGCAGAUCGAUCUCUGCCAGCGACAUCUGAUCAACCAUCGACUGCUGGUGUCGAAGCUAACGCGCCGCGAACUCGAGGACAAGUAUCUCAGCCUGUGCGACGAAAACUACAGCAUCAAGAAGCGGUUCCACGACCAGGAGGAGCAGAUCAAGCGGCUCAAGACGAAACUCAUGCGGUUGUCCAGUGAAAGCACGAACCGAUCCAAGUCACGGUUGGAUCUAAACUCGAGUGAGCAUUACAGCAGACUGCACGACCUGGAGCUACAGCGUAGGGAACUGCACGAAAAGCUGGAGGCGCUUCGACGAGCGACUUCUUCCGACGGACGGCGGUCGGUAAGCGGUAACAAACCCAGCGGUACCAGAACUACACGCCAAAUAGCGCCAAACCAGCGCCGCUCGAAGAGUGCCCACCCGGUCAAGGAUACCGAAGUUGGCCGAUGUCGGGAGUACAAAUCUUCCACGCCGUCGAACGACGGGUACGAUGAGGAGGAUGAACGGCAGUGUCGACGGCUGGUCGCCGGGAAAACUCGCACCAGUACCGACGACCGCACCGACGAUGAGGAGGAAAACCAUGCGGCCACCCACAGAAACGGCCACCGGAAAUCGUACGGUGCCGACGAUGAGGGUGAUAAUGACGAGGAUGACAAUGAAGAGGACGCUGAAGCGGAGGACGAAGAUCGGGAUGUCCUGUCCGGGGAAAGUGACGACAUACACGCGGGAGGAAGGGAGUCUGCCUCGGUUGGAGUCACCGGUGGUGGGAAGGAACGCCAUACUCGAUCGGCAAGGAGCAAGGAUUCGCAUAGACACUGUCCCGACUGCGAACGGCAUCGUACGGAGCAGCUUACCCUUGAAACUGACCUCGUAAAAAUGAAGCUCAACAUCAAGUAUCUGCACAAGGAACUACAAAACGAAAAGGAAAAAAGUGCGCUGCUGGCACGCCAGCUCGAGGAAAAGCUGUCGUACGAAAUUAUGAAGCGAAACGCGGCUGAGAACCUCGAAAUUCUCAACCUCAACCGUCAGGUGGAGGACCUGGCGAAGGAGCUGCAACGCCAGGUGGACGAACAGAAACGCUCUGUGGAGCAGGAGGCGCGGAAGCAAGGUAAUCUUGAAGCGCAGAUUCGCAAGGAGAAAGACAAAAACACGUCCCUGUUCGAGGAAUGCGAGCGCUUGAAGAAGAACAUUGAAAAGUUGAAGGAAAACUUGUCCGAGGUCGAGAUCGAGCGGGAUUUCCUUAAACGGCAGCAGGAAAACUUUUCCAAAAUCGUCGACGAAAACAAGCUGCUCAAGUAUCAGCUGGACGAGCUGCGGAAACACAACGAGGACCUGCUGAAGCAGAUCGACUCGCUGAAGGAAGAGGAACUCGUCACGAAAGAAUCGCAGCGUGAACUGCUGGAAAAGCUGAAGACGCUGCAGCAGGACAACGACACGCUGUCGGUGAUGCUCGAAGGAUUGCGCACCGAAAAUGAAAUGCUAGCCGAGGAACGCGUCCAGCUGGAGCAGAGUUUGAAGAGUUUGGAAGCAUCACCUAUCAGAGAAAGUCGCCCGAUGUCGCCGAGACUGGAACUGGUGCACGCAGCCGUUCAGACGGUUAACGAUGGUCUUGAGGAACCCCGAACAGAUGACAAUGGUAGUACGAAGGAUAUUAUUAGAAAGUCGAAAAUGCAUCUCCAAAGAUCUGAACCGCCUAAGACGUCCGUUCAAAUGUCUACAUCUCUUGCUGGAAUUCUUGCGGAAAGUAAUGAGCUAAAUGGAAAAGAUAUGGUCAGAAAAACGAAAACGCCCCACGAGCAACUCGUAGUCCACGAGGAAGCUGUUGCUGACGACGGUCAGGACAUGAGAAGGCCAUCGCACGUGCUCGUUAAGGAUCCGGUGAACGAAGAUGCUGCUCGAAUGGAUUCGGAGUCACAUGUGAAGGUGCGCCACAUGUCGAUCGCCGUACAAAUGAGUCGGGAGCGACACGCGGUGGAAACGGCCGAAGCUGCCCAGCAGCUCGUCCGGCACGUGAGCAUCAACCAGAUGAUACCGAAAUUGUCGCAAAUUAUGAACAGCGGCGCGGAGGAAUCCACCCGACCGAACAAUGUCGAGUUGCUGAUUGCGAACAGUUAUCCCGCAACGCUGGAGGUAAUUUACGACCAGCUUGAAUUCGUUGCUGGAAAUACGGCGAUGAAAGCAAACUAUGAGCGUUUCUUCGAGAUCCAUCGGGUUCCGUCCAUGUGGCACAAGUUUGCGGACAACGCCAUACCGUCAGCAUCCCCAUCUACAUCUACAACUCCCGCGCACUCGAUCGCGACACCGUCUCCAAAAAGCGAUGUGCUAACGAUCGAGAUACGAUCAGUUCGAUGGCAUAAGUUUGCCGUUGAGCGUUUGCUGGCGGCCAAGAUAUCGCUUUACUACGUCGAGUUCGAGUUCCUGGACCUACACGGGCACCGGAUGGAAACACCCUGUUCGGAUAAGUUCCUCGCGGCCGACGGUAGUCUCCGGUUAAGUCAUACGUUUAAGUUUCGUGUCAGUGUGGAGCUGGACGACGAACGGCACAGAGAACGCCAGGAGCAGCUAAGGACGAUGCUUCGACCAGACGGUAACGACGCGGUAAGGUUUGUCGUGGUGAACGAGAACGAAGGAAAGGCUUGCGAUACCAUUGGUUACGCCACCGUUCGGUUGAGGAACGCGUUACAAAACGCAGCAUCGGGGCAGAGUGCCGCACUUAUCCUGGAUACGCCCAUCUACGAUUUCGAAGGUAACCACGAUGAAAUAGGCGUGCUGCAAAUCGUGCUCGAGGACAUCAAAUUGUUGCAGUCUUUUGCGGGGAGCCAAUGAAGUCUGUUUUGCAUUACAAUUAACCGUUACCAGUAUGUUUAUUUUACCAAUGCGGGGAAUA